AUGUCCGACAAUGAUGAACAACAAGAAGAAUCACGAAAGAAGAAGAAAAAAUCUCGUGGUAAUCGUAAAAUACAAAGAUUUAAAGCAAAAUUAAAGAAACAAGGAUUAAAUACUGAAACAAUUAGAAUGAUGAUCAAUACAUAUAAUGAUCGAUCAUAUCAACCUGAUGUUGAAAAUAUAGCAGAUUUAAUAAAUCAAAAUAUCAACGUACAAGAUCUUGUUCAAUUGAACCAACAAGUAGAAGUACAAGAUGUACUUGAAGAUGCUGUAACAACGGUAACAAAAAGGAAACGAGAGGUAAGACCAACAGGUGUUACUACAUCAGUUAGUCAAAUCUCUAUGGUACAACCACUUGAAAAACGGCUACGUUCUACUACUGCUCCAUUUCUUGAUGUAGUUCAACCAAAGGAUAAGUCGGACAGGUCAACAUCAGCUGUGAAACCAAAUUAUUUAAAGACAUCUGAUCAUAUUUUUAAAAAGAUGUUAUCAACAGCUUUAGAAGGUACUGAAGAUAUCAUUCGAUUAUUAGAUACACCAGAAAAAUUAAAAUAUACUCGUGAAUAUGCUCAACUUAUUCUUGUCGCUACAGGAGUAUGGUCCAUGAAAUUAUCAAAACAAUUCAUUAAAGAGAAUAAAUUAGAUCAAAUUCAAUUUGUAACACAAAAAAAUGUUGAAAAAUAUCGACAGACAACUAUAGAGCAAUUAAAGCAAGCUGAAAUUAAUUUAAAUCAACAUAAACAAAUAGAAUUUGGACAAUCGAUCGAUUUACAAAAAUUAUCAACAAUAAUUCAUGCAUUUGUACGUAAAGGUCAACAUAAAUUAUCGACUGAUUUUGAAUACAAAAAAUCAUUAUUACAAUUUGAUACUACUGAUUAUCAUUUAGUGCAAACAUUCUAUGAUUUAAAACUAUCUGAAGAUCAGAUUAUUUCAGCAAAAAUGAUUUGGCAAGCAACAAUGGACAAACAACAAGCUGAACAAAAUGUUGCCAUAUUAAAAAAACGACUCUACAUAAAACGAUUACCAGCUUCAUAUAAUGUUCUUGAUCAUUCAAUAGAUAAUAUCGAAAAGAUGGUUCAAAAUCUAGCACUUCAUCAAGAUGAAUCUGCAACAAUAUUAUCUCGACGUCAAAAAAUGAUCGGUCAAUUUAAAUAUGAUUUGAUAUUAUUAGAGAUUAGUACAAAUGAGCAAAUAGCUCGAAAUCAUACAAAUAUUAUUGCUAGUGAGAAGAAAAAAAUAAUUGAAUCUGCUGGUGUACACGUUCCAUUACCAAAAUUACUUGUUGGUAUUUUAAGUGCUAUUUCUUCACGUGUCUUUUUUCGAGGAAGCUCCGGUGGUUAUAGAAGAAAAGCAGGUGGCUGGAACAACCACCGGAGCAAUGCAUUAAAGAAAUUUAGCCAUAUUCAUUUAUCAUCACCAAUCAUUGAAGUAGCUCCAUAUCCUUCAUUAAAUUAUAUUGAAUAUCUUGCUAAUGGGCCACCUUUUAUACCAAUUUGUCAAAGUCAUUUCUCAAAUUCAUCAGUAGAUAUUAGAAUUACAAAACAAUAUGAAGCACUUGUUGAUUCAUUUAAAAAUAGUUUUCAUGACAAUUGCGUAUUAGGUUCUGAUCAACGAGCUAACGACUUUUUUGCAGCAAUCAAAGAUUUACUGUUAAUAUCUCAUACAACACCAUUACCACCUAAAUUAUUAGCUCGUGCUCAAUAUGAACAACAAAUGAUAAAGACUAUUAAACGCAUUCGCAAUAAACAUGAUAUAAUUAUACGAAGAUCAGAUAAAAGUAAAGUAUUUCAUUUAGCAAGUGCUAAUAGUUAUCAUGAUAAAUCACUUGCAUACAUGAAGAAAACUGAAGCUUAUCAAGAAAUUGAAAGUGGUAUUAAUCCAAUUAAAGAUCAUUAUGAUCAAAUUGUAGCAUUACUAACGCCAUUAUUAAAUAAGAAAGCAAAUAAUUUUAAUAUUUGGAAACAAUACAUGUAUCCAAAUAUUCAAACAAUCGAAUUACCUCAUCUUUAUUUUAUACCAAAACCACACAAAAUUGGUACACCAUUGAGACCAAUCAUAUCAAUGAUACGAUCGCCAGCUAUAGGUGUAUCACAUUUCUUGGAUCAAUUUCUUCGUCCAAUAUUUGAUCAAGCAACUAAACAAACAACGUUUAUUAAUGAUAUUCAUUUUGUUCGACGACUCGAGUUUUAUCAAAGUAUUAGUCUUCUAACAUCAACAACAAAAUUUAUUACAUUUGAUGUUACUGACCUUUAUACAAUGAUACCAAGACAUGGAGCACUUGUUGCAUUAGAACAAUUCUUAAAUGAACGUGCAACAAAUGGUAGAAUCAAUGGGAUGGCAAUUAAUACUCUCAUGAAAUUAGCUGAAACAGUUUUGGAUACAAACUCAUUUGUUUAUGAAGGCAAAUAUUAUAAACAAAUUCGUGGUGGAGCCAUGGGAUCACCAUUUACAAUGACUUUAGCUAAUAUUUAUAUGUUAAAAUGGGAACAAUCAUUAAUUGAACAUCAAAAAGCUCAUAAUGAAUUAUAUGGCCGAUAUAUUGAUGAUGUUUUCAUGACCACGAAUCUUCCUUUAGAUCAAUUUAAUAUCUUACUUGAUCAAGUAAAUAAUGCAGAUGAAAAUAUUAAUAUUACUCGAUCAGUUGGAUCAACUGCAGAAUUUCUUGAUGUCUCAGUCUUUAACAAUGAAGGACAAUUGAAAACUACUGUUUUUCAUAAACCAGCAGCAGUACCUUACAUUCUACCAUUUCAAUCUGAUCAUCCACGUCAUGUUCAUCGUAAUACAAUUAAAGGUGCUCUUUAUCGAGCAGUUCGUCUUUGUUCACAUGUGAAAGAUUUCGAUGAAGAACGACUACAUAUUGAACUGACAUUAUUAUUGAAUGGUUAUCCACCAAAAUUUAUUUCAUAUCAUUUUAAACAGUUCUUUAAACAAAAUAAUGUUAUAUCAUUGAUGGAACAAUUAGAUAAUGAUAUUUAUCGACAACUUCAUGAUAAACUAAUUCAUUUACCAACACGACGAGAAAGAAAACGACAACAACAGCAGCAGCAGAUGGAUUCAGAUCCAAGUGAACUAGAACAAAAAACUUGGAAUAAGAAAGAAGUUCGUGUUCAUUUUACUUAUUCAAGUGGUCCAAUGUCAGAUUUUCCACAAAAGCUACGUCAAUUAUGGAACAAGUACUAUGUAUAUCCUGGUUCAUCAAUGAAUAACGUGACAUUGAAAAUUGGUUCAGGAACCAACAAAUCUCUUCAGCAUUUAUUAGUGAAGAAGAAGCCACCGAAAUCUAUGCUAAUCAAUAUUGAUCCUACAAGUAUUUAA